UUCUCAGCUCGUCGUUCGAACUUCUAAUCAAUCUUCUCAGAGCUAUAGCUUGUAGCCUUGAGCUAGCUGCCUUGCUUGCCGAUCGAUUCAUCUUCAGGUCAGUUGAGGAUGGGCAUCCUGGACGCGGUGUCGGACAUGUGCGCGUGCCCGACGGUGCGCACGCGGCGGCACAUCAAGAAGCGGCCGCAGCUGGAGACGGUGGAGAUGAAGGUGCGGAUCGACUGCGAGGGCUGCGAGCGCCGCAUCCGCAAGGCCGUCGACGGCAUCCGCGGGGUCACCGGCGUCGAGGUGCUCCCCAAGCAGAACAAGGUGGCCGUCACCGGGCACAUCGACGACCCGGCCAAGCUGAUGCGGCGGGUGGCGCGCAAGACCGGCAAGAAGGUGGAGCCGUGGCCGUACGUGCCCUACGACGUGGUGCCGCACCCCUACGCCCCCGGCGCCUACGACAAGAAGGCGCCUCCCGGCUACGUCCGGAACGUCAUCGCCGACCCCGACGCCGCGCCGCUCGCCAGGGCCUCCUCCACCGAGGUCAAGUACACCUCCGCCUUCUCCGACGAGAACCCCAACGCGGCAUGCGCCGUCAUGUAGUCGGUGCUCGUACGUAGUUACUCCCUCCGUUUUGAAUUACUUGUCGCAGGUAUGGAUGUAUCUAGAUGUAUUUUAGUUCUAUAUACAUUCAUUUCUGCGACAAUUAAUUUGGAACGGAAGGAGUAUCUUUUAGCCAGGCCUUGCUUCAGCUAAGCUUUUACUAGGUAUGUAUUGUUUUUGGGGGUCGUCUGUAUAAUUAUUUUGCACACGUUGUACUGAAUCCACAAAGUGAAAUUGUAAAUUACUUGCUUAUAUAUAUAUAUAUUGCCACGUAGCUAGUUAGCUUGGUACAGUAGUUUGUGAUUUUGAACAAGGGGAUUCAGUUCCCUGUUUACUGUAAGAUACUACUAUAUAUUUUAAUGAACUUCACAUGUAUAAUUA